GUCUUUCUCCUCUACAAAGAAACUUUGUUGCCAAGAUUAACUCUGGAAGUGACCUAUGCUACUGACUGCAGGCGUCUGCGAAUGUAGAAGUUGAUUUGUGUCUCUGUCCCUCCCCUGACUUUACUGUUUCCUGUGGAAUUUAUACUUCGAAGUAUUUUGAAAAUCAGACCUCUGUUGAAGACAUUUGGAUUAAUACUGUGAGCAUAUCUAUGCAAAGAGACAAGCUAGCCUGAGCGAUUUCAAGAUUCUGUUCCUGCUGAAUCUGUGGUGUGAGAAGAGACAGCAAGGGUAGCAGAGAUGGCAUUGUUCAGCUGGCUUCCUUCUUGACUUUUUGUUUUGUUCAGUGGAGGGACUGCUGUAUGUCAGCCAUGCUAAAGGGCAAGUGAUGGAGGCAAUUGCUAUCUGAGUACUCAGCUGCAGCGUCCUAUAACCAGCUCUUGCCUGAGCUCAGAUGACAGGAAGGUUGAGCUCUCUUGGAGAAAAGCUGCGUGUUUCCUCUCUGCUAGAGACUGAGCUAUACAUACACGGUGCUGCUCCUGUUCAGAUUGGUUGCUUAUUCUACUUUUAAAAAGACAUUUUUGUUUUCUCUGAGAACUAUGGAGAAGACUGUGCCAGUUGAAACCGUUUCACUUGCCUGUUCCUGCUUGAAGACAGAUUUUCACAUCUAGUCUCCACUGCCAUCAGCGGAUGUUGGCAGUAAUAAGCCAUUUCUUACUAUUUGGGAAUGCAUAACUGAUUUGGAAGUGUUCUGUUUUCUUGCAUAUGCUAAAUACUGCGAACUUAAGCAUUCUACAGGAAAAUCAGAUAAGCAUGAGAUCACCGUGGCACAGCUGCAUGUGUAGUCACUCUUGAAGCAAUUGCACACCUAAUUGGCUGACAAUCUUGGCAUUUUAAAAACACACGCCUUUCAAAGACAGGGGACAUAAUUAUAUAUGAAUAGUGAAAUAAACCUGUUGGGUGUCACCAAUGGAGCCCUCUAGCACUGAACAGUUGUGUGAUGACCCUGAUCCUGGAGGCAAAUCCCAAGAUCAAGAGACCAAAAAGCAACAUGAAUCAGAGCAAAAAUUAUCAAAAAUAACCCAUAAUGCUUUGGAGAACAUUAAUGUGAUUGGUCAAGGUUUGAAGCACCUUUUCCAGCAUCAGCGCAGGAGGUCCUCGGUUUCUCCACAUGAUAUUCAGCAAGCUCAGGCUGAUCUGGAGCCUGACAUGGAUCUGGAAAGCCAAAGCGUCUGUGCUGAAAUUGAUGGUGUCUCCACCCACCCCACAGCUCUGAACCGUGUGCUCCAGCAGAUCAGAGUGCCACCUAAAAUGAAGAGAGGGACGAGCCUGCACAGCAGGUGGGGCAAGGCAGAUGCCCCGAAAGGAAGCCCGCAGAUCAACAGGAGGUCUGCCCAAGAUAUUCAAUCAGGUCGGCCCAGAUCAUCAUCUACUACAGAUGCUCCCACGAACUUGUCCGUGAUGGAGAUUGCUUCUUCUAUCUAUGUAGGUGGAGAGGAGGCUGCAGCAGCAAUUGAGCGGUUGGACGUGAGCAGCUUAGCACAGACCUCCAGUGCCGUGGCCUCGAGCACUGAUGGAAGCAUCAACGCAGACUCUGUUGAUGGGACCCCAGAUCCUCAGCGUACAAAAGUGGCUAUUACACACCUGCAGCAGAAAAUACUGAAGUUGACCGAGCAGAUCAAAAUUGAACAAACAGCCCGUGAUGACAAUGUGGCAGAGUACCUGAAACUGGCCAAUAACGCAGACAAGCAACAAAGCGCCCGCAUUAAGCAGGUGUUUGAGAAGAAAAAUCAAAAGUCAGCCCAGACUAUCUUGCAGCUGCAGAAGAAACUAGAACAUUACCAUCGAAAGCUGCGAGAGAUUGAGCAGAAUGGGAUCCCUCGGCAGCCGAAGGAUGUCUUCAGGGAUAUGCAUCAGGGUUUGAAAGAUGUUGGAGCAAAAGUCACUGGCUUCAGCGAGGGAGUAGUAGAUAGUGUGAAAGGUGGGCUUUCCAGUUUUUCCCAAGCCACCCAUUCAGCAGCAGGAGCUGUGGUUUCCAAACCUCGGGAGAUUGCCUCCCUCAUAAGGAACAAGUUUGGGAGUGCAGACAACAUUGCUAAUCUGAAAGACUCCUUAGAAGAAGGCCAGGAAGAUGGGACAGGAGGCAAGGCUUUAGGUGUUAUUCAGAACUUUCAGUCAAGCCCAAAAUAUGGCAGUGAGGAGGAUUGCUCCAGUGCCACAUCGGGUUCUGUGGGAGCCAACAGCACAACAGGGGGCCCUGUGGGAGCUUCUAGCUUCAAAACAAACACUCUGGAUAUGCAGAGCUCAGGGUUUGAUGCAAUACUGCAUGAGAUUCAAGAAAUUCGAGAGACACAGGCAAGACUGGAAGAAUCAUUUGAGGACCUUAAGGUUCGCUAUCAGAGGGACUACUCGCUAAUAAUGCAGACACUGCAGGAGGAGCGGUACAGAUGUGAAAGACUGGAAGAGCAGCUAAAUGACCUGACUGAGCUCCAUCAGAAUGAGAUCCUCAAUUUAAAACAGGAGCUGGCCAGCAUGGAGGAGAAAAUUGCCUAUCAGUCUUACGAGCGAGCCCGGGACAUCCAGGAGGCACUGGAAGCGUGCCAGACCCGUAUCUCCAAGAUGGAGCUGCAGCAGCAGCAGCAGCAAGUGGUGCAGCUAGAGGGGCUGGAGAACGCCACGGCCAGGAAUCUGCUGGGGAAGUUCAUCAACAUCCUCCUGGCCGUCAUGGCCGUCCUCCUCGUCUUCGUCUCCACUGUGGCCAACUGCGUCGUGCCCCUCAUGAAGACUCGCAAUAGGACGUUCAGCACUUUAUUUAUAGUGGUUUUCAUUGCCUUUUUGUGGAAGCACUGGGACGCCAUCACCGGCUACUUGGAACGGUUCUUCUCUCCCCCCAGAUGAUGGCGGCAGGAAUCGGCUGCGUCGCGUCCCCGGCGCUCUUGGUGAGCUCAUGUGGCAAAGAUUAGUCAGCAGCUACUGCGCUGAAGUUUUAAAGUGUCCGAGUGAAUUUGUUUACAUUUAGAAUAACGUUUUUUCUCUGCAAGACGCAUUGCAAUAGUAUUUUUUAGAUUUUACUCAAGAACUUUUUGGCGAGAAUCCUGGAUAAUUUUUAUGUAGCAUGGUUCUCUUUGGAUGCAAAUCUUAAAAUUCUUUAAAGUGUACAAAAGAAAUAAAUAAAAUACAGAAAUUUGGAGCAUACCAAUGGGCAAUUUAAAUUGUGGCUUGAACUACUGUACUAAACCUGUCAGGAAGAAGAGAACGUGGUUAGCUUAAGAUGCGCAAAGCUAAAUCUAGUGCACAGCCUUGAAUGAUGGUACCACAGCAAACCUGUAACACUAAACCUUUACUGUGAAGUCUGCUCACAUUCCAUGUCCAAAUGUAUGCGUUCAGAGUGGUUUCUUUCCUUAACAAGAGAAAAACAACGACCUGUGGAUCUCCUUCCCAGCUCGGCGUCUGGGUUCGCCAUUUGUGCUAACCUGACUUACAAUAACUGUCUGUAAGGCUGCCUAACUUGGCUAAGCAAAUGAAGUGGAAGCCUCAUGCCAUACACAGUAACUGCACAGUCGUGCUACAGUAUUUUGAAGUAGUCCUUGAAAUACUUACCUUUAAGCAGAAGCCCUUGGUCGCACUUUUAAGGUUUUUUUUAUAUGUGUAUAGUCACAGAUUAAAAAAAAAAAUCCAAACAGCAUACUUGAAGAGUGUAAUACUCCAACUCUCAGUGCUUCCUUAUUGUUUCUAAUAGGAGUUUUUAUUAUAAUUAUUAUUAUUAUUAUUAUUAUUGGGGUUUGUUUGUUUUGGUUUUGCGGGGGGGUUUUGUUGUUUUGGUUUUUUUUUUAAGGGGUUGGGGUGGUCAUUACUUUUUUUUUUCCUUUUUUUUUCCUUUUAAAUAAAGAAGUGAUGUUUUUAAAUGAAGAAAUGCGUGAACAAUUGUGAGCCGUCUUGUCCUGAAACAGUUUUGAGGAUGGCAGAGGGUAGUUUUUAGUGCCAGCCUAGCAGGAGUGCAGCGCUGUUCCUAUGCCAUUUAUCUGCCUCCUGAGUGUACAGAUGCAGCAUCAUGAGUAACAUGUCUCCACCCAUUGUUGUCAUGCAGGGCUUUUUUCCCUCUUCCCUUUUCCAGAUGUGAAGGAGAGUGUGUUUAUCAUUUGCUUGUCAUCAGUCAAUCCUGGCCUCAGGAUAAGAAUAAGGAAUUUUUGUUCAUUCCUUCCUGGGGAAAAGACAGGUUCUUUUAAGGAAAGAAAUACUAAAUCAACAGCCCACUUAAAAGAAUGGUUGUCUCAGAAUUAUCUUAUUUAAUUUUUAAAUAACCCCCUAAAAAGUGAAACCAAAGUUUUCCUCCUGUCAGGCUCUGGUAAGAUUAUUUGUGUGUCUGUGUCAAGGUCUUUGUACACUGUAUUUAUGUGGUAUGCCAUAGAGAGCAUCCUCUUUCUCAGCCACGGGGGCAGGUACUGGGUGUAGAUACCUUUCCAAGGCUCUAAAGGAAAUGUCAGCUUAACUGUAACUGUCACAUCCUAGCAGGUCACCACCACGUGCUGGUGGUGGUGAUCUGCUGGUACUGGCAGCCACGCUUCGUGUGCGGGGAAGCUGCGUUCACUCUGUGCUCGUUUUUUAACUGGUGUCCCUUUCACCAAGCCAAGGUUCAACUUUGUCCCCAUGGAAUCCAAAAAGAGUCCAGGAUUCUCUUUCAAAGUUAGAUCUUAUCUUUAAAUUAGGACUUACUUUUCCUUCCUUCCAGGCUUAAGUUCCUUUUAGGAACCAAAUGUUGCCCAAGUGACCUAAACCAGUUAAAGUCAUACCUAUACAUACAUGGAACAUGCACAUCACAUGUAGGCACACAGAAGCCUGGGGUUUUGUGCUGUGAUGCAAAUUGUGGGUUCUGAGAAAUUCCCUCAGAGUAGGUAAACAACUUUGAGGGUCUCUGAUUGCGAGCAGGGAUAAGCCCUCCACCAUCCCACCAUCCUUCUCCCUUCAGAGAUGCUGUGUGUUGUGUGUAAUCACAGGAAACUCAGGUACCUCCUCCCCAGGGACCCCAGCACCCACCUGUCACUAUGUGCACUGUCUGCUCCUGUCCUACUUAAAACACAAAUUGCCAGUUGCAACUGACUCAAGCCAAAAAUAAUCAGCUUUCUACAGAGUUGUAGAUAGAGCAAAGAUUGCAUAAAUAUUCCCUCCCUCAGCCAUGCCUCUAGCUCCAGGGAGAUUCUGUUCUGUUUAGUACCCUUCUUGGGCUGAUUCAAGGGAUACAGGUAGCUAUCAUUUUCCUGUUAUGUAGUUUUUAUCAGAAACAAAGGUGUGAAUAACUCUUAAGAACUGGUUUGGCACAUGACUUCGUUGCCUUUAUUUCUGAAACCCUGCCUUUGCACCCAUUUUUCUGAGAUUUGAUCACUCUAGAAUUGCUCAAGCAGGAAGGAGUUGAGAGCCAAUGGAUCUGGACACACAGUGCCACUCGUCUGUAGUAUUUGAAGGAAGUGUUUGUCCCUCCUUUUGUUUAUAUCCUAAUUUAAUUUAGUGUCUGAACUCUGUGUAGUCUUCAGUAAAUACCACUUGCUACUCUGCCAGAAGGCGCAGGCUUAAUAGAAACAUAUCACCUCAAAACUGUUUGGUGAAGGCCAUGUACAUAUGGUUCUGGACAAUGUCUGUCUGUCUGUCUGUCCCUUUCUCUCUCGACAGUUUCUUCCAUUCCAGAAAGUUGUCUGCAGUAAUGCCAUUAUGAUGCUGCAUCCACUUCUCAUAUCCCAACACAACUGCCAUGUGUUUCACCUUUUGCGUUAGCAGAAUGUUUUGGGGUUUUUCUCCCUCUUCAAUUUGAAGGUCUGUGAUGAUUUCUGAUAGCUUAACAAUGGUCAUAUUGUUGGAAAUGUGAUUCUAGCUUUAAAGCUCCCUUUCUUUGUAAGUGGUUGUGUUUGCUUUCUUGAUGAAGCAUUUCUGGAUGAUGUGUAGAAGACAGUUCCGCUACGGGUGGGUGAGUGUGCGUGUGAGUACCUUUCAUUAGCCUUCCUUAUGGAUGUAAACUUUUUAGUGACCGUCUCUGAGUUGCAGAAUGUUUCCCAAGACAUUUUGUAUUCAGAGUUGAAACUAUUCUGAAGUUGCUUAGGUAUGUUUAGCACAUAACAACUUGGCUUAUAAAAAGGGAAGAAGAAAAGAGCUCAAAAAGCAGCAGCUUUUCAUCAAAAUUGGGGUUCAAAUGAAUUUCAUCCAUUUCUGUCAAUGUAAAGAACAAAGAAAAUCUUGAUGCAAAAAAAAAUUACCAUUUUAAAUUUUACCAAGUUUUCUCUCAGGUUCAUUAGUUUAGUUUAAUGUUACUCAGCAUGCUCACAGCAAGUACUGAAUUGGGCUGUUCCAAUCCCGUGAGUUCAGAUUCAAUGUUGACUUCUGUACGUGUUGCACUGGGACAGAAAAACACUGUCUCUCAGCUUUGAAAAUAGGGGGGGGUAUUAUUAUUACUAUUAAAAAAGAAGCAGCAUUAUAGCAGAAGAAGCCAAGCUACAAAGGGGUUCAAGAUUGGAUCAUCUUGCCGGUUUUUAAGUGAAUUCUGAAUAUGGCUAAAGAGUUAAACCUCCUGUGUGUCUGUGUUGUGUAUGCCAGGUGGUAUAGUAGUAGGCAAUUGACUUAGCUGUAAGUGUGGUUUAAAAGUGUAAAAAAAAUAAGCAGAAAACUCACUUGCACGGGUUGAAAAGUACAGAAAUGACACUUGUGAACGUAACACUGUAGUUAUAGAUCUUAAGCUGCUAAUUGUUGAGAGAGAUUUACAUUUGUCUUGUCUGAUUGUCACAGAUUUAUCUGUGACACUUUUACUGUAUAUAAAAAACUUUAAAUAAAGACCUCAGCUAUUAA